AGAUCUUGACGAGCACGUCAUCGACGUGAUCUUGGGCAUGGGCGCGGACGACGUCAAGACAGAGCCGAAUGAUGAGCUGGGUGAGUCUCAUGUGCCCGAUGAUGACGGCAUGGCCCACCCUGUCGACGUUCGCCCUGCUGCUGAUCCUGACGAGGAGUUCGUCAGUGCCUAUGCUGAGGCUUGGUGUGCAGCCGUCGAGCCGACCGUGGCGGCCUUGGUGUUCGUUCAGAGGCCUAUCUGCUCGGAGGUAAGGGUGAAUCACUUAUCGCUGCUGCAGGAUAUCAACGCAGAAAAUAAGACGGCGGGCCCGCUGCGGUUCUUUCACUGGGACGUUCCCAACGACUCGGGCCGCUGGAUUGUCAUGGACGGGAAGUACAUCGUUUACUCACCGGCUGGCCCGAAGGAUCCGAACACAGGCAUUCCCAUCUUCAGGGUCUGCGUCAAAGACGCCCUCGAGGACGGGAGCAUGCGCAUACUCCUCCCGAACUGCAUCGACCAGAUGCGACGGUUCACAGGGGACAUGCGCAGCGCGAUGAAUGACGAGACCUGGGACGAGAUGCUGGCGGGGUACGCGGAGGCGGUCCACGACCGCGGCAUCUCGAAUGGGGAGCCCCUCAGUGGCUUGGCCGUCUUGACAAUGUUCGAGACGGACAUGCGGCCAUCGGAGGUGCUGGCCCUGCGGGCCCGCCAGGUUGUUCUGCCACUGCCAGAAGAAGGAGGCGCCUCAGUGUUUCUGACGUUUGUGGUCCGAGCUUCAGAGCAUCAGAUUUCGACCAAGACGAACGAGUACGACCUCUCGGUGCCGCUGGACUUGCAGCGGCAACAAUGGCUGGUAGAGGCGAUUUUCUUCGUCCAACGGGCCCUGGCCGCAGACUUCAACAGUGCGAUCUCAGCUCUGGGUGUGACCGUACUCAAGCCCACCCUCUACUCUCUCCGGCAUGGAGGGGUCAGCCACGACAGGAGCACGGGCGCCAGAAGCUUGGGCGCCGUGCUGCAGCGCGGAGGAUGGAAGACGUUCAAGUCAGUGCUCAAGUACGAGGAGCACAAACGCCUGUUGAUGGAGCUUCGCAAGUUGUCCGACCAUCUCCGCGAUGCGCUGCAAGCCGCAGGACUGGAUCACAUCGGCGUCUGCAACAGGUCCUGUGCGCGGCACAUCGCAGCGCGCCGCAUCAGUCCCGAGUUUGCGUGGAGGUCUUCUCGGGCUGUGGUGAGUUGA